UUCUGAAAACUUUUACCGGAAAACUGUAUUACUAGGAGACGUUAUUGUUAUGCACGUUGCCCAUCAUUAAAGAUUUGAUUUUAUUAAGAAAGACUUUCUCGAUAUAAACUUUUUAAAUUUAGAAAAUUGAGCUUUUAAAUUUAUAGUCAUUACUAAAGAAGGACUUUUCACAAUACCUCUGCCUACUCUAAACUAGUCGUGUCAUAGUAUUUGACACGUCUAACACAAAGUAGACAGCAUUUUAGAUUAGUCGAGUAGAAGAUGAAAAAAUCUAUUUCCUCGAAAAAAGCAGUACUUGGGAGUAUGGAUUCAAAGCUAAGACUGCACACCACUUCACAUGGCAAUACUAAGUGGCAGUGAAGCUGUAACAAAGUUACUUAUAAAAAACAGUGCAAAUGUUUAUGUGAAGGAUUCUGAAGGGAAAGGACCAAUUCACUAUGCUGCUGCUAUUAAUCAAGGAAAACUUAUUGUUUUGCUGACUAAAGGAGCUCUUGCAAUUGUUAAUGAGGAAAAUUGGGAAGACACGCAAAGAAUGUAUGUGAACUUAAGGACUGAAAAGAAAGAGAGUAAUUUUAAAAAAGAUGCAGCGAUCCACAUUGCUGCUCGGGCUGGUUAUUUAGAUACUGUAAAGACCUUGGAGUCAAUUGGUGCUAAUGUUAACAUUUGUUCUGGUAGUAACUCCACCGCAUUGCAUCUUGCAGCUAUUAAUGGUGAUAAAAAUAUGACUCAAUAUCUGCUGGAGCGGAAUGCUAAAAUAAAUGUAUAUGAUCAUCAAAAUAUGGCUCCAGUGCAUAAUGCAUGUAAGUUUGGUCGAUUGGAUAUUUUAAAGAUAUUAAUGGAACAUGGAGCACAAAUUGAUUCAAAAGAUUCUAAUUUUUUUACUCCACUUAUGUGGGCUGUUUCCAAAGGUCAUAAUGAUAUUGUGGAAUACUUGUUGAGUAGUGGAGUAAAUGUUAAAGACAGUGAAAUGAAUAUGAAAAAUGUUCUUCAUUUAGCUAUAGAAAAGCAUCAUAGUUUCACACUUCAAAUUCUUUUGAAACACGGAGGAGCUUCUCUAGUAAAUGAUCCAGAUAAAGAUUUUAAAAGACCCCUGCACUAUGCAGCCAUGACUAAUGGCGUCGAGUCUGUUAAGAUGCUUGUUGAAAAUUCAGCUGAUAUUACGGUAACAGACAAUGAAGAGAAAACGGCAUUGCAUACAGCAGCAGAGUAUGGUAAUUUUAAAUGUCUAGUUACAUUAGUUCAAAACUCAUCAAGAAAUAUUAAUGGGACUGAUGAGAAAGGAAGGUCACCUUUGCAUCUUGCUGCAUAUAAUGGCUGGGUAAAAACAACUAUUACUUUAAUUGAAAUGGGAGCUCAAAUUUCAAGUUGUGAUGAUUCAAGUUGGACUCCACUUGAUUAUGCUGUAAGUUAUGGAUAUACAAAAAUUGCAUUAAAACUUAUUAACAACGGUGCUAAUGUGAAUAGAUAUGAUGCUAACCUAGUUACCCCUCUUCAUCGAGCUUCAUUCAAUGGUCAAGUUGAUUGUAUAAAUGUUUUGUUGAGUAAUGGCGCAAGUAUAUCUUUUAAGAAUAAAGAUGGAAAGAAUUGCUUAGAUCUAGCUGUUGAAAACCAUCAUAAAGAAGCAUGCAUGAUUUUUAUCAUGCAUGAAAGAUGGGAAGAAGCUCUCAGCAAUAUUGAUAAUGAAGGGAAGAAUCCAAUGGAAAAGCUUAUAUCAUUUGCACCAGAAAUUGCUGCAAUUGUGUUAGAUAAAUGUAUUAAACGUUCACAAUUUGAUAAAAGCUCAAAGGAAUAUAGUAUAAGUUACAAUUUUAAAUAUCUGGAUUUUCCACCUGACCAUCACUUGAGAAAACAAUAUUUUGGACCUUCAAGCAUGAUUGCUUUUAAUUGUGAAAACUUACUUUCUCAUUCGCUUACUGUUCAAUUACUUAAAGAUAAGUGGUUGCGCCUUGGCUGGUGGAUUCAUUUAAUUAGCUUGUUUAUUUACAUCUUGUUUGUGUGUUUGCUUACAAGUGUACUUCUUGUUGACAAAAUUAGUCAAGAUAAAGCUGCUGAAGAAGAUUUUAGUUGUUCAGACCUUGAUAAGACAGUUUUUAAUAAGAGUGUGUCUUUAUUGGAAAUAUCUCGACUCAAAAAUGAAGCUCAAAAGUUUAAAAAUGAAAAAGGAAUACUUGCUAAACCUGAGGCUAAAAUAGGACAGCCUUUGGUAGAUAUUGUUAAACAAAAAGUCAUUGAAGUUUAUAAAACCGAAGAGUUCACAAGACAUAGUCCAGGAAAAACUUGUAAUGAAAACCAAGAUGUCAAUAUAAAAUUCAUGCAUAGAAACAAAUUAAGUUUAAGAUGGGCUAAUGAUGCACAAUCAAGUCAGUGUUGGGUUCCAUUUGACAAAGUAAUAUGUCAAAUAAGUGCUCCAUCCAUUAAGGGUGACAAUAAAUUUGUUAAUAAUGAUUAUGACAUUAUUAUGAGUUAUGUAUCCUUUUAUAUUAAAAAAACAUUGCACUUAAAAUGUUUAAACUGUCAUAAGAUAGGUAAAGGGAAAUCCUAUGAUGAUAAAUUCCACACAAUAGUAACAUUAGCUACAAUUGUAACUCUUUUUGAAAUUGGUAAAGAGUUUGCACAAGCCUGCAUAUUAAAGGAAGAAUAUUUGAAAAAUUUGAGGAACUACUUAGAGUUAAUACUAUACUCCUCUACAUUAGUAUAUAUGAUGUCAUUUAUUAAAAAAAAUGAGGCUGAAAAUUUAUAUGAUGAUAAGAAUGUAAAAUGGGCUUUUGGAGCUGUUUCAAUUUUAUUUGCAUGGAUUAACCUGUUAUUAUACUUAAAGCGAGAUAGUUUUUUUGGAAUCUAUGUGAUUAUGAUUAAUGAAGUUUUCAAAUCAUUAGUGAGUGUUAUAACAGUGUUUUGUUUGAUUAUUUUAGCAUUCUCUUUGUCAUUUUUUAUGCUUCUUGGAAAUCAAAUUGCAUUUAAAUAUCCUGGAAGGUCAUUUAUGAAAACAAUUUCUAUGACUCUUGGAGGAUCUACUUAUGAUGAUAUAUUUAUAAAUAACUCUUCUGCAACAUCUAAAGAUAACUAUACCUCUUUAAAUGUUAAGCUACCAUAUCCAAUUGGUUUAGCUGUAGGUGAUAUAGCAAUUGUUAGAAAGUCUGCCUACAUACUCAAGCUGAAAGCUCAAGUUGACAUUUUAAAAGCACUUGAAUCAAAAUAUCCUUUACAGUUGUUAAAAAAGAUUUACUGUAACCAAGUUACUAUUUAUCCAAAUAAAAUCAGUUUGAAGAACAGAAUUCUUAAUUGGUUCGGUCACUCAAAUUAUAGUCCCUUAAAACAUAAACAAGAAAAAAGUAGAUGGAAAAAAGAUGUUGCAAAGGAAUUAGAAUUACAAUCUAAAUUAAGCAGUGUUAGAAACCUUCCUUAUGACAGUAAUAAUGACACUAAUGAUAUAGUAAAAUUUCAUCAUGGUGAUGAUAUUGACACUGAGUUAUCAAAUCUUACUUUUUCUAAAGAGACUAAUAAAGGUGCGUUUGAUGAAAAAAUCCAAAGCAAAACUAUUUUCAUUAAAAAAACAAAAAAAACAUUUAUUGAUCGGAUUGAUAAGUUAUUUAAUGGUAACCUGAAUCAAAUUGGGGAGAAUAAAAAUGCACACGAUGGAUUAAGUGGAACUUUGGAAUGUGAUAUUGCAAAAAAUGAUAAAAAAAUGUCAAUAUUUAGUUUACCAAAUCACCUUUUUGAUUAUUCAAAUUCAAAAACUAAUUUAAAAGAGACAAAUGAGUUUUAUAAUAAUAUUGAAAAAUUUUCACUUCAACUUGCAGCAAAAGAAGGUGCUAUUGACCGUAUUAAAGAGAUUGUUACAGAAUAUGACUUAAAUAAAAAUGAGCUAUAUGGAAAAACAAAUUCAGCUAAGUUACUGAUUGGGAAAGGUGCAAACGUCAUGAUGCAAAACAACAAUGGUUCUACAGCAUUACAUUAUGCAAGCAGACGUGGCAAUAAAACUCUUGUUUCAAUGAUUCUUGAGAUUCCAAAUAUUGACAUUAAUAUCCCUGAUAUUAAUUUGGCUACUCCACUUCAUCUUGCAGUUAUUGGUGGGUAUGAAUGCAUAGUAGAUAUUCUUAUAAGCUAUGGAGCAGAGGUGACUGCUAGAGAUUAUAAAGGUCAAGGACCUAUACAUUACUUAGCAGCAUCAACCACAGAUGAUAUUAGAGCUGAAAAAAAUAAAGGAAAAAAUAAAGGAUGUCAAUCUACUGUUAAAAAAAUGGCUAUUCAAUAUGUUCCUUCAUCAAUUAUAGGGGAUCUUAUUGAUUUACUCAUAAGUGCUGCUUGUAAAGAUGUUCCUAAAAAUCAAUAUGAGAAGCAAAAAAUUGAGUUUGUAAACAGUAAAACAGUUGAAAAUGAAACACCUUUACAUAUCGCAGCAUACUGUGGAAAUGAAUUAUGUUUAAAUAAGCUAAUAUUAAUUGGUGCAGAUGUCAAUUCUCAAACAGAAUCUGGUUCAACUCCUUUACACUUAGCUGCUAUCAGUGGCCAGAAAAGAGCAGUAAAUAUGUUAUUAAAUAAUAAUUCUAAUAUACAAGCAUCGGACAAUGAUCUAAUGACUCCAAUACAUCGAGCAUGUCAAUAUGGAAGGCUAUCAAUUGUGAAGUUGUUAGACAAGAAAAGAGCUAUGCUUGACAUUAAAGGUAAAAACAACUAUACUCCUAUUAUGUGUGCUGUUUGGAAAGGGCAUGUAAAAGUUAUUAAAUAUUUGAUCAAUCGAGGAGUUCAAAUCAAUUUAACUGAUGUUAACAACAAGAAUGUUUUCCAUAUUGCUGUUCAAGAAAAUCAGUUUGAAGUUUUAGAGUUUUUAUCAGAGCAAGAUUCAAUGAAUAUAAUAAAUGAUGUUGAUAACGAGUAUAAGACCCCUGUACACUAUGCUGCAGCAGAAGGAAGUAUUCAGGCAUUAGAUAUUUUGAUUAAAAAAAAUGCAUCUAUUGAUAUUGGAGAACUUUAUGAAAGAACACCUCUUCAUUUGGCUGCUGAGCAUGGUCAUUUAUCUUGUGUAAAACUGCUUAUAUCUAUCUCUACUGCUGAAGUUAACUCAACUGAUGUUCAAGGAAUGACGCCGCUUCAUUUGGCUGCAUCAAAUAAUCACAAAAAAGUAGUUAAUCUACUUAUUGAAUCAGGUGCUGACAUUUAUUUCCGUGAUAAUUGUGAUAUGAACCCUUUGGACUAUGCUGCACAAUGUGGUCAUGAAAAGAUUGUACAGAUUUUGCUUGGUAAUGGCGCUUUUGUUGAUGCUUGUAGCGAAAAUGGUUAUACACCACUGCAUCAUGCAGCACUUUCAGGUCAUGUUGAAUGUAUAGUUGGAUUGCUAGAAAAUGGAGCUAAUAUUCAAUUAAAAACAAAAAUUGAAAAUAAGAGUUGUUUAGAUCUUGCGGUUGAAAGCUUAGAAAAAGAAGCAUGUCUGGCAAUUAUAAAGCACAAACGGUGGCAUGAAGCUUUUGUAUCAAUAGACAACAAGGAAACAGAAGUAAAAAAAAACAAAAAUGAAAAAGAAAAAGAAAGAAAAGAAACUUGUGUUAUGGAAAAAAUUAUUAAGCUUGCCCCAGAAAUUGGAGAAGUGGUGUUUAAUAAAUGCAUUACCCCUUCUAAACAUGACAAGAAAGAUCCUAACUAUUUUAUUGAAUACAAUUUUGAGUUUGUAGAUAGUAAUCCCGUGCGCUGUCAAAAACAAUUUUUUGCUCCAUCAUCAAUUGUUAAUUUUCAGCGUGGAAAAUUACUAGCUCAUCCUCUAGUUGUUGAACUCAUUAAUCAAAAGUGGUUACGAAUGGGUAGAUGGAUGUAUUUAUGCUCAUUUAGUUUUUAUUUAUUGUUUGUUGUUCUUCUUACAACUUUUGCAGUUACAAGGAAAAUGAAUCAACUAGAUGCAAUCAGAGAACAGCAGAGCUACUCAAGAAACCAUUUAUCUAACAAUCAAACAUGGUGUAAAAGUCUUUCUAUAAAAGGCAUAUAUAUUACUCUCAGCAUAGCAAUAGUGCAAGUUCUUUCACAAAUAAUACUAUCUAUUUAUAUUGGGAGAAGUUAUAUAUUUGAUCCUACUAAAAUAUUAGAUUUUUUUUUAUACAUCGCAACAGCUUUACAUUUGCUUUCUUUAAUUACUUGCAAAAAAAAUAUUGAAAACAAGUUUGUUGAAACCGUAGUGUGGCAAGCUGGUACAGUUUCAAUAUUACUUGCAUGGUGUAAAUUUUUGAUAUACAUGGAAAAUUUACCAUUUCUUGGUUUAUAUGUUGUUAUGCUUAUGGAGGUUCUUUACACAUUAAUCAAAGUAUUGUUAAUCUUCAGCAUUCUUUUGAUUGGUUUUGCUUUGUCAUUCUAUUCACUACUUGAUUGCCAAGCGCCAUUCAGUGAUUUUGGUCAUUCAAUAAUCAAGACAUUUGUCAUGAUGCUUGGAGAAAUUAACUAUGAUAUUAUCUAUACAUCCCAUUAUGGUGAUCUAAAUAUAAAUUCUAAUGGACCUAAAAGUUCUGCAGAGCUAUCUUUAUUAGUUUUCAUUCUCUUUGUUUUAAUCAUGUUAAUUGUAAUGAUGAAAUUGCUUCUUGGUCUAGCUGUUGGUGAUAUCGAAACAGUCCGCAAAAAUGCCUAUCUUGGAAUUUUGCAAAGAAAAGUUUAUUAUUUAAACAUUUUAGACCAAACAUAUCCUAAAUUCAUCAAACAGUAUGUAUAUCAAAAGUCAUAUAUAAAAAAACCUAACAAAAAGAACUGGUAUAAAAAGGUAAUGCUUUGGUUAGAGACGUUUCACAAAAAAGUUUUAUUAGGUGAUCAGGGUGAAGCAAAAAAAGAUUCAAUAAUGCGUGUGUUUGCAGCAAACAAAAAAGACAUUAUGACGCAGAAUAAGAAAACAAAGUUACUUUUAGAUGAUCUCCAAAAGCAACUAAAGAAAAACAAAAAAAUUACUAAACAUAUUCUACCAAAUUUUUACUCUAAAAACUCUACUGAUUGAUGACAUCUGGAUAUGGAUUUGUUAAGUCAAAAUUUGCAUUAAUUGAUAAGAAAAAGUCUAAACUAUUCACGUGAAUUAAACGAUUUUCAUGAUAAAUAUCAGUCAAAAAUCUUAAACGAAAUAAAGACAAUGCUCAAUUUUAAAAGCAUUUUUGUUUAGUCUUAACAUCAUGUAUAUCUGUAUGUUAUACUUUAAUAUCUUGUGCAUUUUAGUAUUAUAUCUAACUUUAUAUUGCAUGUACCUUAUUGUAGUAUUUAACUUUAUAUCGUUUGCAAUUUUAUACAUAGGCACCAUAAUAUUAUAAUGUAUUAACGUUUGAAAAAAAAAAAAAAAAGCCUUUAAAAUUUUU